AUGCGGCGCGCGCGCGCGAGCGCGAGCGAUGGGUGGUUGUACUGCGGCUUGGACUUUGGGACGUCGAGCGCGCGCCUGGCGCUCGUGGACGAUCGAGGCGCGCUCGUCGGCGUGCGAACGAGGGCGUACGACGACGCGAACGCGAGCGUCGCGCGGGCGUGGGAGCGCGCGCUGUUCGAGCUGCUCGAGGACGCGAUGGACGCGGAGGAGCGCGAGCGGUGCCAAGGCGUGGCGGUGGACGGCACGAGCGGGACGGUGGUCAUCGUCGACGCGCGCGACGGGCGAGCGCUGCGAGAACCGUACAUGUAUAACGAAACGUUUCCAGACGAAGUAGAACGCGUGCGAGCGCUGAGGAACGGGCCGGGGAAGGAUUCGACGGAGAGCGCGUCGAGCGCGGCGUGUAAACUUUCGAGAUGGUUUCGCGUGGACGCGGAGGGAGACAGAGAGCACGCGGCGCUGUUGCAUCACGCGGAUUGGUUGGCGUAUCUGCUGCACAAGAAGAUGGGCAUGAGUGAUUUCAAUAACGCGUUGAAGCUUGGGUUCGAUCCAGCGCCGGGGGUGGAGGCGUUUCCGGGAUGGUUGCGAGACGCGCCGUUUGGGUACAUGUUGCCGACGGACGUUCGCGCGCCGGGAACGUCGUUCGGCGUCAUGGACGCCGAUGUGGCGAAGCGGUUAGGAUUUCCGUCGACGUGUGAAGUCAUCGCAGGGACGACGGAUAGCGUCGCCGCGUUCGUGGCGUCGAAGGCGGCCGAAUCGGGAGAGUGCGCGACGAGUCUCGGGAGCACGCUCGCGUUGAAACUCAUCUCCGACACGCGCGUCGACGACCUGAGCUCGGGCGUGUACUCGCACCGUCUCAACGGUCGGUGGCUCGUGGGCGGGGCGUCGAAUCUGGGAGGAUGGAUUUUACGCAGAUUCUUUUCCAACGACGCCCUCGAGUCGCUGAGCGAGAAAAUAGCAAACGAAGGUUACGUCGCGACGGAGGAUUAUUUCGACGGGGUGAUGCUAGGUUUCGGUCUGAGCGUCGACGAGGCGUCGGCGAUCGUGGAAAAGUCACGACCGGCGGACGACGCGCAAUUCGUGGUGAACAUUCUCAGUUCCAUCGCCAACGUCGAGGCGAGAUGCUACGAGCGCAUGCGAACGCUCGGGGCGUCGCACGGCGCGCGCAAAGUGUACACCGCGGGAGGUGGGGCGAAGAACGGCGUGUGGAGUGGCAUGCGCUCGAAAGCCAUGGGAGAUAUCCCUGUCGAACGAUCGGCGUGCGACGAAGCCGCGUACGGCGCGGCGCUCCUCGCUCGACAGGGAAGGAAACGGUUAUCCGGCUACAUUUAA